GUGAUUGGUAUAGUGGUCCUGCAGCAGAUCUUGAGACGGAACCUGAUGAGGAAUGGGUAAAAAACAGGAAAGAUGAAAGUCGUGCUUUCCAGGAAUGGGAUGAAGAUGCUGACAUAGAUGAAUCUGAAGAAGCAGCUGAAGAUUCCCUUGCCAUUAAUAUAGCACAAAUGGAAAAACGUUUACUUCAUGGCUUAAUUCAUAAUCUCCUCCCGCACGUAGGCUCCUCAGUGAAGACGUUUGUAUUGGCCUAUAGUUCUGCAGUGUCUAGCAAAAUGGUUAGACAGAUCUUGGAGCUUUGCCCCAACUUGGAGUAUUUGGAUCUCACUCAAACUGAUAUUUCAGACUGUGCAUUUGAAAGCUGGUCUUCAGUUGGUUGUUGUCAAAAUCUACGCCACCUUGAUCUGUCUGGAUGUGAAAAAAUCACGGAUGUGGCUAUAGAGAGGAUUUCCAGAGCACUGGGUAUCAUAUCGACUCGCCAUACCAGAGGUAUUCUGAAAAGCUGCAGAAACAGGAAUGCUAAGACUUUGUGGAAAAACAGAGAGAUUACUCUGCGGUCCAACAAGAAGUAUAAUUGUUUGCAUGAAAUCAACAAUGAAAACCUCCUUGAGGGAGGAGAUAGUGAGCAGCAUUGGACUAAACCGGACGACUCAGAAAACUUCAGUUCUGCUUAUGUGUGGAUGCUAGAUGCAGAUGAUUUAGCUGACAUUGAAGAUGCUGCGGAGUGGAGACACAGAAACGUUGAAGGGUUUUGUCUUAUGGAACCAACAUCCCAUAUUAAUUGUUCUGCAUCUUGCUACAGUAGAGACAUUUAUGGAUUAAGGACUAGAGGGUGGCAGCAGCACUGUGCUUCUACUGACUUGAUUUACUGCGGUCACUCAUUUUGUUGUGCUGGGUCAGCAGUAAGAACUAUUCGAGCACUUCCAGAGUCCUCUGCACUGUGUAAAAAACCAACAAGGACUAAGCAGUCAGAGAAAAAAGACUCUGUGUACUCUGGGAGUGAAAAAACAGAUGAAGAGACUGCACGAGUUCUUCAAUUUCUCAGUCUGUCUGGAUGUUACCAGAUCACAGACCGUGCUCUCAGGGCAUUGACUCUGGGAGGAGGACUGCCGCAUUUGGAACACCUUAACCUCUCGGGUUGUCUCACUGUAACUGGUGCAGGCCUGCAGGAUUUAGUUUCUGCAUGCCCUUCUCUAAACGAUGAACAUUUUUACUACUGUGACAACAUUAACGGUCCUCAUGCUGAAACCGCCAGUGGAUGCCAGAAUUUGCAGUGUGGUUUUCGGGCCUGCUGCCGCUCUGGCGAAUGACCGCUGACUUCUGAUCUUUCAGUCUACUUCAUUUAGCUGAGCAGGCUUCCUUUCAUGCACUUUACUUACAGUUUGCAUCUUGUGUUAACAAUCCUUGGAGUGAGAUUUGUUAUACUAGCUUGAUCCUGCCCACAACUUCAAAAUCUUAAUUAUGAGUGUACUGUACAGUGUUGUAACAAUCUCACAAAAUCUCAUUUGGUUUGAAAGGUGUUGGGUUUUGUUUUACUUAAUUUGGGGAAGAUGGGAAAACAUUUGUUUUUUCUUAAUGCCACUUUCUUCCAAGUUUGGCACUUAAAUAUACUUUACUGGAUUAUUUUGUGUUAAGUGAAUGUUUUUUUAUUUUGAAUCCGUAAGUACAAUAUAAAGCUCAGCAGAGAAUUUGAAAUGUAUUGUUUGCAUCUGGGUAACAGUUAUACAUCUUUAGGAGCCUUGUUUCUCCCGCUUUCCUCUCAUCCUGAAGUUGUUCUUUAUAUUGCAAAAUUAGGGAAAUUCCCACCUUCCUUUUGCAUUUGGUUUUGUAUUUGGGCUUGAAAGACAUACUCAAAUAAAACAUUCCCACCAAUAAAAAAA